ACUCUUCAGCGCGAACGUCCCAUUGUCUAACGGGUUAAAAACAUCAUAUUACAGACUAAAACAAAAUUUGAUAACACAUUGACGUACACUGUUGUACAGCACACACUUAUUUCCUUGUAAAGUGAGGUUUGGAAUUGACUAACAGUGAGACGUGUUUUUUGAUAAAAAUGAACAGAACUACAAGUGCGACUUUGAUGCUGCAAACCAUUAUGGUUUUGAUGGAUAAACAGAACUCUACGCAUGUCACCAAUUUUCCAAAUGGAUAUGACGAUGCGGAAAUGGAACGAUGCUACGGCGAGUACGGAUGUUUUAGCAAGGCUUAUCCUUGGUUGGAGCACCGACCUGACAACUACUUUCCUGUCUCACCUGAAGCUAUGGGCGUAAAAUACGCGGCAUUUACCAGAAGAAACCGGAAAAUACCAGUUCUCCUUCAGGCAGACGAUACUAGUAGGAUCAAGAAUGCCAACUUCGAUGCUCGAGGACCGUUCUACUUAAUCUCCCAUGGAUUCCUUGAAGGUGGUCAUAAAACUUGGAUCCACAAUAUGGUCGAUGCCCUCCUAAAUCUAGAAGGCAACGAACCUGCAACGGUUCUGGCUGUGGACUGGCGUGGUGGUUCACAGCCACCUUACGGGCAAGCCACGGCCAACAUCAGGCUGGUCGGGGUUAUGACUGCCCAUUUGAUUAAGAAUAUUUACGAUGUACUAGGGUUGUCUCACCUGGAUAACUUCCAUUUUAUUGGACACUCACUAGGCGCGCACCUGGGAGGGUACUGUGGACAUGCUUUGCAAAGAAAAUUCAACCUAAAACUGGGAAGGAUCACAGGUUUAGACCCAGCAGCGCCAUACUUUAGCAAGACUGGAACUUUAGUGCGACUGGACAGAUCGGAUGCCCAAUACGUGGAUAUUAUUCACAGUAAUGCUAAUCCGCUGUAUUUUUCAGGUUUCGGCUUAACAGAACCAAUAGGACAUGUGGAUUUCUAUCCCAACGGUGGAACUUCGCAGCCAGGCUGCAAGCAAUCUUCUUCAGGUCCUCCUCAAGGCAGUAACGACAUGUACCAAGGACUCGUGAAGUACGUUAGCUGCGACCACGAGAGAAGUUAUGAGUUUUUCACCGAGAGCAUAGCGCCGAGUUGUCCUUUUAUGGCUAUACAGUGCGAGUCUUAUGACGCAUUCUUAGCCGGCAACUGCACAACCUGCGACCAACACCACUACUGCAUUCCCAUGGGAUACCACUCGUACAGCAUUUACAAGCGCUUGCACAUGGCGGGAUACGUUGAUUCGAGUAACCACAUUACUUUGUACUCUCAGACUGGCAGUACUAAACCUUAUUGCAGAGUACACUAUGAAGUAACUCUGAAAAUAUCAAAUUCCACGGAGAGUAACAUACAUGGGCCGGAUGUAGGAAAAGUGGCCAUCACGCUUGUGGACAGGCACGGCAAUAGGAGCGACACUAAAUUCAUUGAUGACGAACAAAAAUACUACAAGCCCGGUGACAUAGAACACAAGAUGGUGCCAUUCAAAGGCACGGGCUACCCACCAUUGUCGGUUAUCGUCGAAUGGAAAUACGAGACGAAUCUAUUCAACCCUAUCACAUGGCGGUUACUUAAAUCCCCGAGCGUAUAUGUUGAGCAGAUCAAGCUAUCUUCCAUUGAGUACAAUACCGUAAUCACCGUUUGCCCGAAAAUGAAUAAACCAGUCGUCGCAAAUGUGCCUACGAUAAUGAAAACAAAAUACUGUAGACUAAAAAAGUAGACUAAAUAAAUGUACCAAUGUGGGCAACGCACUUAAUUUUAUCCCAUAAGUCCCGUAUGCUAUAUCUCAAAAGUAUUAUAGAAGUAUUUGAUAUAUUAGAUUAUGUCUAAGAUGGAUUGUAAAUUAAACUUAUGUUAAUCCUAGUUAUAUUUAUGUAUAAUGAUAAGAAAAUUCUUUAGAAUUUCAUAUAUGUAAUGCCAAAUAAAGAAUAUUUUUAC